AUGUCUUCUUCCAAAAACUACAUACUUGAAAUUGAUCCUCCUAUAGCAGAGAGAGGGUCUGAUGCCAUUAAAGAAUUGGAUUUGCUAAAAUUCACUGUUAAGCUAAGUCGCCCUAGCGUGCUCUUGAGGUUGAGAGUGCCAUUAUUGUUCAUAGUUAUAGUGAGUUUGUGUGCAUACACGUGGCGGAACUGGGGAUAUUUUUUAGAUGAUGGCACUGUACAAGGGAUAAUUGGAGCACAUGUUGCCGCUCUAGCCAUAGUAUAUCUAAUUCAAGAACAAGAGGACUCAUUAAUAGUGAUGAGGGGAAUUGGUGCUCAACUUUCUGUACGCAGAACAUGGUUUUUCCAAAACUCGAAUACUUUUAUCCCCAUUGACAAGAUGAUUGAUUUUGUUAUACAUGAAGGAUUUCACAAUUAUGCGCAAGUUAUUUUUUAUUUAUGUAUUUUAACUAAGGACAACACGGUAAAGGAAAUGACAGGAGAAGAAGGAGAUAAUAAUAUAAAGGUUGUUUUUGAGGAGUUUUUACCGAGGAAGGAGAUAUUGCUACAAGUAUGGAAAUUGAGUAGACAGUUGUUGUUUGGUGAAACAAGGCGGUACUGGAGGAGAAAACCAAGUCAAGGAUUGAAACAAUUGCAUUAG